UUUUGAUGUAAAUGCCGAGUUGUUAGAAGGGUAUAGCAAAUGCGCCAACCCCGCAGAGGUGGUGGCCUUUCAGGGAAAGUACGUGGAAACGGAGGCAGUUGAAAGUGCGGCCCGACGGGAGAUAGACCUAAAUAAUAUGGACCUGAUGGAUGCAGUUCCACUAAACGUUAAACGGGGUAAAAUGAGGAGUCGAAACAAAUGGAAGAACGAAGAUGGCCGCGAUGAAUUGGAAGAAGAGGAGGAGGAGGAAGAAGAAGAGACAAAGAAACAAUUGGCGGAGCUGGAAACAUCAGAUGAUGCAGAGUAA